UGCUCGCGGCGGCGGCAGGGCGGGGUGGGUGGACGCUCUGGCCCGGAUUCGGCGGUGGAGGAGCCGGGUGAGGGCCGCUCUGGCCGGCGGACUCGCUGGUGUGGAGUCCCGGAAGCUGCGCUCUCCCAGACGGGGCACGGGCCGCGGAGAAUGGCGGAGAGUCCGGCAGCGGAGGAGGCGGCCGCGGCGGCGGUGCUGGCGGCCGCCACGAGCGGCGGGGUCCCGGCGGGGCCCGGGGGCGGCGGAGCGGGCAGCCCCGGCGUGUUCAUCCCGGCCGAGCUGUGGGCGGCGGCCGGGUUCGGGGCGCCCCCCGCGGGGGCCGGAGCCCCCCCCGGGAGCGGCGGGGCCCCCCUCGCCGGGCUGCCCGCGGCCGCCGCCGCCGCCGCGGCCGGGGCCGCGCUGCUCACUCACUCCGCCUUCUGGGACCCCACGGUGAGCGGCGACUGGGACAGCGAGAGGCCGAGCCCGGCCUGCCUGCUGCGGAUCAAACGGGAUAUCAUGUCCAUUUAUAAGGAACCACCCCCUGGAAUGUUUGUUGUGCCUGAUCCUCAUGAUAUGACUAAGAUUCAUGCAUUGAUCACAGGCCCAUUUGACACGCCUUAUGAAGGGGGUUUCUUCUUGUUCCUGUUUCGCUGUCCUCCAGAUUAUCCCAUCCACCCACCAAGGGUCAAACUGAUGACAACAGGGAAUAACACAGUGAGGUUUAACCCCAACUUCUACCGCAAUGGGAAAGUCUGCCUGAGUAUUCUAGGCACUUGGACUGGUCCUGCUUGGAGCCCAGCACAGAGUAUCUCUUCAGUCCUCAUCUCCAUACAGUCUCUGAUGACUGAGAACCCCUAUCACAACGAACCUGGCUUUGAGCAGGAGAGGCACCCUGGGGAUAGUAAGAACUAUAACGAGUGCAUUCGGCAUGAGACUAUCCGAGUAGCCGUGUGCGACAUGCUGGAAGGAAAGUGUCCCUGUCCUGAGCCUUUACGGGGUGUUAUGGAGAAGUCUUUCAUGGAAUACUUUGACUUCUACGAGGGUGCAUGCAAAGAGAGGCUUCACCUCCAAGGACAGACAAUGCAGGAUCCUUUUGGUGAGAAACGAGGCCACUUUGACUAUCAGUCCCUAUUAAUCCGUUUGCAAGGGAUUCGGCUGAAGGUGCAAGAGAAACACCAGCAGGAGAAUGUAGAAAUAGACUCUGACAGCAGCUCCUCGGAGACGGAGACAGACACUCAAGGGAGCUCCAAGGCUUAGAGGUCUCUCUCUAUGUGAGAAACCCAAUUGUGGGGAUGGUUCUGUCUUCGAACUCUAGAAUUACCCCUGACAGACUUGAGAACCAAGCCAAUCCCAGAGUGGCUAGAGCUGGAAGAGAUCUUCAGUCUCAUUUAAUGCUCUGGUGGAUACCGAACAAGAGGACUUCAUGGUAGACAAAGACAAGCUUGUGAUAGGCUACUCUAAAAGGUACUUCCUAUGCUAGAAAGCUGGAGCAUGUGGCAUCAGGUUAUUUUGGAAACACCUACACUGGGUGGCUUUUUUUUCUUUAUUGGAUUAAAACAAUGAGAUGUAGAAUGCGAGUCCGUUUUACAGCUUUUCUGUUCUUAAAUACCCAGUAUGUGCCCUUCCCUCUGGCCAUGCUGAACUCCCAAGGACCAGAGCUGUAGGAGCACUUGGGUGGAGUCCAUGAUACUAAGGGGCCCACUUGCUGCUUGCCUAGGGUUAACUUCUGUCUGGGGAGAGGUGGGGCACAGGUGCUCUGCAUAAGCCCAUCUAUCUGCUGAUAUCUCUUCUAGACAGACCAAAGAUAAACAGGGUGGACUCUAGCUUUCUUUCUGAAAGCUUCAUCCAGUCCCUGGGUCGCUUUUGCUGACUGGACUUUAGGUGGAAGAGGGAAAAGAUGAAGGGGGGGGGAAGAAACGGAUGCAAGCUGUAAAAGCUUAUAAAUCAAGAGCAGAUGCUUUUACCCUGGAAACAUUGGAGAGAAAAUCACUGGGGUUUUUUUAAAAAAAACACUCCCUCCCCCCAAUCUAAUUUUGUUGUGUUGUAUUUGUGUUUUUUUUUUUUUUUUUUUUUUUAAAUCUUUGGCUCUUCUAAAUGGAAGUGCUGUUUCCUUGACUGCUGUUUGCUUUCAGCCCCUGAAGUCAGUGUUGUGUGUUUGUUUUUUUGUUCUGCUAAUAUUUUGAUCCAGGACAAAUAAAAUGCUAGGAUAAGGGACAUUUAUAAGCAGGAAGCCAUCUUCAUGGAGCGAAUGUCAAUAGCAGCAGAAUAUUCCCUUGCCAAACUUGGCCAGUGGUAAAACUAGUUCUUAACGCUUUGAUAGUUCUAACCGCAGUGUCUCAUUUUGAGCAAUUCAUACCUCUUGGGCAGGUGUCUGCUGGCUGUGCGUGCCAUUACAUCAAGGAUGUAUUUAAAGUAAGGGGCAUGGAGAUGAAACACACCCAGGUCAAGCAGGCAGAUAUAGGCCUGAUUGAGUUUACCAUCACCAAACUGGGUGGUAAAAUCUUCCCCAGAUGAAGGGCUUAAUCUUGUUUUACAAGAGCACUGAUUAAAAGUUGAGCACAUACUAUGGUGCACCAACCUCCCCCCCCCCCAAAAAAAUUUCUUUGCUAUAAUCCUCUGAUUCUUCUUGCAGCAUGGAAAGAAGCUCCAGGUCAGGUAACUUUGUUCUAAAGAAAUUGUCUUUUUUUGUAGAUCAAACUGCAGUUUUCAAAUGUCCUAUGGGUUGGUGAAUUAUUUUCAAUACAGAUUGUUUCUGUAGAAUAUCAACUAUUGUAAAUUUCAUCCUGCUGCUUAAGGAGCUUUGAGAAGUUGAAAGAUUCCUGAAUUCAAGCUGCCAUUUAACAACUCAACCUUUCUAUUGAGAACAAAAUCUCACCUUGGGUCUGUCAUUGGUAUGGUUUAGAAUGGAACCUUAUCUUCUCUGAAGGGAAACUUACAUAGGACACACCAGCUGGAAGUAAAUAAAGCAGUUUACUCCUUGAUAUGAGGCAUAUUGGUAUGAGAAGUCUGAGCUGUGCUACUGUGAUGCCUCUGUUUAAUCCCCUUGUAAAUUUCACUGGUUUCAUAAAUCAAUAGUAUCUCCACUUUAAAAUGGGUUAGAGCUGGGCCUCUAAUGCCUUCAUAAGGCAGAUCUGGUUCAGAAAUGUGUAUGUGGUGCAUGUGGCAUUACCAUCCACACACACAAUGCCUUACUGUGGACACCAUUCACCUAAGCAUGUGGCUGUGAACAUUAGUUUUAUAGCGUUGUUACCUGUCCUGCUGUUUCUGAAUGUUUCCAUUUCAAAGUGACAAUCCUCAAUGACUGCUCUAGGCAGACAUGGUUUAGUGACAAUUUUAGACCUAAUGAUUUGAAAAUAUAUGCACAAGUGUCACUAUAAAACACCUUGUUUAUAUACAAAUUGUACAUAAGAUUUUUUUGUGCAAUAAAGUUUGUUUUGGCAGAA